AUGCCUCCCUUGCGUAGCGUGUACGCGGGUGGCUAUAAUGAAGGGAUCAGGAGACAGCUUGACAACAUCGUGCUUCCUGAUAAGGUUAAGUGCGAGACAUGUAAGAAAAUUCGCAUGCAGAGUGCCUUUUCCAAGAGGCAGCUGGACGUCCUGCGUAACGCCAUGGUCCAGCUGGGUGCUACUGCCCUCAGUGGACCUGGAUAUGCGAAGUGUCGUACCUGUGUUGGAAACCAGACGGUCGAGAUGACCUGUUCGAGCUGCGACAAAGUGAAGGGUCUUGACGAGUUUGCGAAGGCCCAGCGCCACAACCCCGAUACUGCAAGAUGCCUCAACUGUGUCCAGAAUCAUCUCGAAGCCGAACCAGUCCUUGAAGAGACUAGACUUCGCAAGGAAAACGACAUCGAGUCUACCACUGGAACUAGCCAGUACGACGAUGGCACCACCCGCAGGUCCUUCAGAGACUUUAGCGUCGGAGAUGAAGACUCCAUUUUCAACUAUGCUCCCAGUGUUGCCUUCACGGAAGACGAGGACGAUGCUUCUGUGGGUGGAGGUGUUUGGGUCGAACCCGAACGCCAGGACGAUAACUCCAAUGCCAACGAUGGACGUCCUUUCACCGCUUAUGACUCCAAGGGCAUUCCCCAUCGCCGCAUGGGCUCCCAGCCCCAGGCCGCCAAACCCGGCUUUCCCAGAGGAGGCAACUCUGGUGGUAUUGCGACAACCGAGAGUGGUGAUUUCCAUGCUCCCAGGGCUCGUCCGCAGCAGAAGAAGUCUCGUGGCUUUGCGAAGAUCUCGGGUCCGCGCUUCAAACCUGGUGAAGCUCCCACCAUGCGUAUUCCCGAAUCCAAUGGCAAGAUGAUCGCGGAGAGCGACGAUGAGGAAGGCCUUGACCCUCAGGACUACCUCUGA